AUGACUCCGCAACAGUUUUCGACCAUGCCCCCUGUUGAUGAUUUCGCAGAGAUGCUGUCAGAUAUUUUCAGUGGCACCAAUUUCGAGGCAACCAAACCAUCGGUGUUGGAAGAGCUACCAUUCACGAUGCGGGAGCUAGAUUCCGCCAUUCACAGCCUGAAGUCCAACAAAGCCAGUGAUGAAUGUGGUUUGGCCGCUGAACUUUUGCAUCACACACCUCCUGCAUUUCGUGAAGUGCUGUUAAACCUUUACAACCAUGUUCUUGCUACGGGCGAAGUCCCAUCUUCAUGGAAGAAAACAUUUUUCAAGAUGUUGGCCAAAUCUACGAAGGCCAAGCUGGUGACUGACUACAGGCCGAUCGUCACAUUGCGGUUGCUCUAUAAGACUUUUUCUUAUAUGGUGUUAUGUAGGAUCGAGCCGCUGCUAGAAGUUGGACAACCUGAAGAACAGCAUGGGUUCAGACAGAAUCGACGUCUGGAGGAACAUCUGUUGACGACAAACAUCGUUAUUGAUACAUCCAGAGCAUAUGGUGUGCCCAUUUGGGUGCUAAGUCUUGAUCUUUCCAAAGCAUUUGACCGAGUGGAUUGGCAAGCAUUGUGGCAAGCUCUCCGCGACCAUGGCAUUUCGCAACACAUGAUCUGGAUAAUACAGCGUCUUUAUUCCGAACAAGUUGGCCAAGUGAAGACGCAAAAUGAAUCGAGCAAGGAGUUUCCGAUCAGAGCUGGAGUUCGACAAGGGUGUGUUUUGAGCCCUCGUUUGUUCUGCGCCGUGUUGGAGUGGGCAAUGCGUGAUUGGAAACAAACGGGACAGAAUUUUGGGAUUCAACUUCAAACGAACGCGCAGGCGCUGACGGACCUCCGCUUCGCUGACGACAUUUUGCUGUUCGCACUCUCGCUGCAACAAAUUCUGGUCAUGGUGCGUUCACUAAUUUUAUGUUUGCGGCAAGUGGGCUUGGUAUUGAAUGCUUCCAAAACCAAAUUGAUGACGACCCAAGCCCAGCCACCAAAUCGAGUGUGGCUUCAUGAGGAAACUUACAUUGACAUCGUACGUGAUGGUAGCACGCACAAAUGGUUGGGAUGUCAGUUGUCCAUGAGUGGUGACCAAACCUCGGAUGUCGAAUUUCAUCUCCAUGCAGCUGCACGGGCCUUUUGGGCGAACAAGUGGAUUUUAUGUGACAAGCACGUCCCAUUGGCCCUUCGGGUAAAAUUUUUCGAAGCUGUAGUGACACCGGUUGCAUGUUUUGGUGCCGGGCAUCGCAAAGUACCGCAGCAUCAUCUUCGCAAACUGGAUUCAGAAUGGCGACGAUUGCUUAGAAUCAUGGUUGGACCGCCUUCGGGACUUGAUUGGUCGUUACCCUGGCAUGAGGUACUGCACGAAUGGAAUCAACAUGUCCAGCAGAUGACUCAAACGUUAAACUUGCAGAGCUGGUCUUACAAAUGCAUCCAUGGCUAUUGGAAUUUCGCACAUCAUGUGGCAAAGUUGCCAGCAAACAGGUGGGUGAAGCGUGCGAUGAGUUGGUCGCCAAAUGGAGUUCGCGUUCCUGGUAGACCUCGCGAUUGUUGGUACACGCAGCUUGAAGCUUUUGCGCGUUUCAAUGGAAAUACCUGUUGGACUGAGUACGUGACAAAUUUCUUUGACAUCGCGCGGGGUGCAUUCAUUGAUUUUGUACAGCAUUGA